AAGAUCUGUUGACUUGACAAAGUUUGAUGGUUAUGACCAAUUGAUCGAGGAGUUAGAUCAGCUAUUUGAAUUCAAAGGAGAAUUGAUGGCUCCAAAUAAAAAUUGGAUGAUUGUAUUUACUGAUAAUGAGGAUGAUAUGAUGCUUGUUGGAGAUGACCCUUGGCAGGAAUUUUGUGCUAUGGUCCGUCAGAUUUUUAUAUACCCAAAAGAGGAGGUCCAGAAGAUGGAUUCAAGUACCUUGAACCCAAAAAAUGAAGAUUGCCCUGAUAUGAAAGAGAAUGUCAAGGAAACAAAAGGCAGUCAAUCUGCAUCAUCAUCUAAUUCAAAAAACUCAUAGGCUUAUCCUGCAAUGUCUAGUGAAAAUACUGAAGAAGUAUGACAAGAGAGCAGGAGCACUUAUCAGGCAGCCCUUCAUCGAAAAGGUGCUGCAGCAGCCAUUCUUUACAACUGAUCUCCUAUACAAACUCGUGAAGGAGUGUGUGGCUAUGCUCGGCCACCUCUUCCCUAGCAACAACCUGUCAAUUUCAGCAGAAUGCGACGGACAAAAUGGAGUGCCAAAGCCGGCACAAUCAGGUGGGAGGGUUCCAGAGUUGGAGGAGAUUAAAUAUAUGCAGAGCUUAUACAUGAAGAGCACCGUAGCAGCGCUGCGGUCCUUGAAACAGAUUAGGAGCAAAAGUUCAACAGUCAAAAUAGAUUAGAAAAUCUCGUGUUAUAUUGUUCUACCUUUGUUUUAAUAGUGUUAUCAUUUUGUUGGUUGCUUAUGAAAUUUUGUUGGUUGCUUAUGAAAUU